UUUUAGAUCCAUUUGAAAAGCUGAAAUAUAAACAUGUAGACUAUCUUGUUAGUCUGUUAAGAAAGAAGAAGGCACAUUAUUAUUAUUAUUUUUCUUUCUCCUUUUUCCUCCUACAAUUGGCGUGUUUAUCAGUGUCAACUUUUUUGGAGGGAGGGAUUUUCCUUUCCAAAGUGGUUCUGAAGUCAACGUCUUUACUCCUAAAAACCUACAUUUACUGCAACCUGCAAAGAGAUGGUAGAAACGAAGACAAAGCACGGUGUAGUCUUUCCCUGAGAAACCGAGUGUUGAAGAAAUUCAGCUGGAAAAGAAGUUUCUUCAACAUCACAAAAAUGCCGUUUCCAUCAGUUACUUGUUGUCAAAACCAAAUAAUGUGCUCUGGAUGUAAAAAUAUGUUGAUCUAUCCUGCUGGAGCAACCUCCAUUUGCUGUGCUCUUUGCCAUGCUGUUACUCCUGUUCCAACUUCUGGCUUAACGAUGGCUCGGCUGGUGUGCAGUGGCUGCUACACUCUGCUCAUGUACAGUCGUGGGGCGACAAGUGUUCAAUGUUCUUGUUGUCGCACCAUAAAUGCAGCUUCUAAAGAGUCUUAUCAGAUUGAUUUUGAAUCGUGGUUACAAACAGCAAAUCAGAUGGCUCAUACCAACUGUGGGAACUGUAGAGUGCUGCUGAUGUACCAAUGUGAAGCACAUUCUGUUAAAUGCACACUUUGCAAUUUUGUCACCUCAGUUGGGAUUUUGAGGUCUAAUUAGUUCAUAAUUUCCCCCUUUUGUUUUUCCAUCUCAAACUUCACAGCACUUGGAUCUAUAAAGAUGAACCCUAAAAAUCACAACCUUCUAUAAUGGUUUAUAAAAAAUGUUCUUUUUUAAGAAGAAAAGUUAAGAUCAGAAGUGUUUUCUAGGUUGGGAGAGAUAGAAUCAUGACUUCAAAAGAGAGAGUGCAGGCCAAUUAUCGAAAACCCGAACCAACUUAUCGUAAAAGGAAAUUUAUUAAAAAGAAGAUAAUAUAUUCUCUUAUGUAAGAGAUCUUUAUGUUAUCUACGUUGUUUAACAAUUUUAUAAUUUUCCUUUAUGUUACGGUAUUUAUUAUUUUUCA